AUGAAUAAAAGUGAAACGAAUGCAUUUUCGCCAUCAAUGAAUAUUAAUGUUAAUCAUAUAUUAACAUUUUUAUUUAUUAUCAUUGCAAUAGUUGGUAUAUUGGGUAAUCUUUUAGUGAUUAUAUCCGUUGAAUUUGAUGCUCGAAUGAGACGAUCAUUAACAAAUCAACUCAUUGUUCGUGUUGCUUCUUGUGAUUUUAUUAUACUUCUAUUUAAUAUACCCGAUAUAAUACAAUUUGUUUUAUCAAAUAAUGGAAAUUGGGUUCUCAGUCAGUUCUCUUGUAAAUUUAUUCGAACAACACUUGUUCUUGCACAAUAUGCAUCUGUGCUUAAUAUGUGUGCAUUAACUAUUGAAAGAUUUAUUGGUAUUGUUUAUCCACUUCGUUCAAAAUUUUUACGUGAAGAAAAACAUGUUCUUAUAAUAACAAUCUUUGUUUGGCUAUUCUCAUUAUUGUGUGCAUCACCUAAUUUAAUUUAUUUACAUGUAUCAAUAUAUGCUGAAUCCUCUCGUCGUUCAUGUCGUCUUCAAUAUAAUGCAGAGAAUAUUUCAAAAGAUAAACAUACUUAUAUAAUUCAUAAAUCAUUUGAAUCAAUCGUAUUUUAUUUUUUUCCACUUUUAUUGCAAAUCUAUUGUUAUAUAAGAAUAGCUCGACAAUUAUUUAAUAUUGAUGAAACACUUCAAACAUCAUAUUGCACGAUUAGCAAAUCGACAAAUCAUCGAACAAAGGAUUAUAUUGAUGAUGAAGAUUAUUAUACAGAUAAUGAUGAUAAUUCAAGUACAAAAUAUACUACAACAGAUUCAUUAUCUCGUUUAUCAAUUCGUCGUUCUCAAAAUUUAUUAAAAUCAAAUAAUAUUUAUCUUUCAAAAGUCCGUCUUCAAACGAAUUGUCCAUUGAUUCGUCAACCAUUUCAAAUCUCGUGUCCAAUACGUCGAACAAAAGUUACCUAUAAUGCAUUGAAAUCGCGUCGAAAUGUUAUAAAAAUGCUUUUUAUUGUUGUACUUAUUUAUUUUAUUUCGUUUAGUCCACAAGUUCUAGUUUUUACUUUAUUUGAAACAAAUAUGAUUGAAACUAUUCCACAUUUUAUUCAAACACCUUAUUUUGUUGCUUUUACAAUGCUUUUAGUAACAAUUAGUUCAGCAUCAAAUCCACUUGUUUAUGCAAUAUUUUGUUCAAAAUUUCGACAAAGUUUUUUAAAAGUUCUUCGAAAAUUAUUUUGUUGUUGUCAAACAAAAUUUACUUAUCCUUCAAAUCAACGAGCUGUUUCAUUACAACAAAUUUCUACAUCAAAUCAACGAUUCAAUGGAAGAAUUCAUAUAGACGAAACAAGACCUACAAAUACAAAUGCAAAUUAUCAAUAG